CGAGGAGAUGAUCGCAGGUAUGGCGGCUGCGAAGAUUGGAAAGCUGACAACCAUUCCUGGAAGUCUGAUAUGCACAUCUAUAGUUGUAUAUGCAGCUAAAGAAGAUGAACUAAAAAUGCAGCUAGUGAAACCAGAGCAGCUUCCCAUUUAUACUGCACCACCUCUGCGGUACAAGUAUGUUCAGGAGCAGCCUGGUCAUUUACAAAUGGGCUUUACAUCCAUCCGUUCUACAACUGGUUGUUAUAUAGGUUGGUGCAAGGGUGUAUAUAUCUUUGUGAAAAAUCGGAUACUAGAUACAGCACAAUUUGGAAAAGAUGCAUAUGACUAUCUGAAGAAUCCACCUCAAGAUUUCCUUCCAAAAAUUGGAGUGAUUACAGUGUCAGGCUUGGUUUUGGCAAGAAAAGGUACUAAGUUUAAGAAAAUUGCUUACCCACUUGGACUGGCCACUUUAGGAGCAACUGUUUGUUACCCAGUUCAGUUAGUAAUAAUUGCAAAGGUAACUGGAAAAAGAGCGUAUGCUACAAGCCAGCAAAUUUAUGAAGCAGUUCAAUCAAUGUGGGCAAAAAAAUACAGCAACGAGUCUCUUCUUGAACCUAAAGCCAAAACCAAGCUAGAAAGCUCUACUGAAACAGAAGUAUCUGCUAAAUCAACUCAUGAUCUGAAACACUCAGUACCUUUACCGGCAGAACUCAGCACGGAGACAAAGACCAAAUCAGAAUCCACGUCAGGUGCUGCAAAGUUCAUGCCUGACCCCAAGCUCAUGGAUCACGGACAGUCCUCUCCAGAAGAUGUAGAUAUGUACAGCACAAGAAGCUGAAAUAGUCUGCAGAGAAAACCACAAGAUGUGUGAAGUUGCAAAUACUGAUGAAAAAAUCAUGUAGCUGGUAGCUGUCAUGAAUAGUAUACUUUAAACCAAAUGUUCCCUUGCAUCUUCUAAUACUAUGUAGUAUGUGUGACUAAUUACAUGAGUGACUAAAACACAAACUGAAUAAAAUCUAAACGCAUUAAAUUAUGAUAAAGGUAGAGGAAAAAGUAUAAGAUAGAGUUGAUGGCUUUUAAGGGUAUUUAAAAAUAGUAAAUACAUUUUACACCAAUGAGCCUGAAUUAUAUAUACAUAUAUAUGUAUA